AUGGCGGUGGAGGCGGGGAUGGCGGUGGGGGCGGGGAAUCGCGCGCCCGGGGCCGCCGGCGGUCACCCAGCUGCUGUCGCGGCGCCCGCCCGAAGGCCCCCGAGCCCCGGGAACGGCGCUUUCCGCGCGAAGCGCGCGCGGAGGAGGGUCAAGGGGUGGAAGUUGCACCAGGUACGGCCCCCGGCUCUGAUGCAAAAGCGGCUUUCUCUCCCCCGGCUCCGGGAGAGCCUUGCAACUAUUCGGUUCCGUAGAGUCUCCCGCCCCCAUACCGUGCGGAAAGCGCCGGCGACCGUGGUGCUGACAAUGGAUCUUUCUGGUCAUACUUUUUCAGUACAAUACUCGUCAGACUGGAGUCCAGUGAUGCCUCUACAGAAUUUAUCAGAAAAAUCCGUUGUUACAGAUAAUCUGCUGAAAAAAAACACCCAGGGGUUCAAAUUCCAUCUGCACACAAGAAAGGAAGCUAGUUUUUCUGUCUCUGCUACCAUGAUGCAUUGAUCACGGAUGUUUCUAAGUGAAAAGGGCUGGCAUUUAGAACAUCAGAAUCUGAGUCAAGUGGAUGGCCUUCAGCAGCAUAAGGAACCAGGAAAUCAACAGCAUGAGCCUGAAUAACAGGAGGCUCCACGUGACCUAGAACAUCUUUGUAACACAGGGGACCAUGAACUUCCUGGAAACAGGCCGCAGAACCAACUGCCAUUUGUUGGUUUGGAAGCUGAGAAGAAAGGAGAAGGGGAGUGUGGACCUUCCAGAUACUGAGAAAAAUGUUCUUCCUUUGGCCGUAGAAGUAGAUAUGAGAAAGUCAAUGUCAAGAACAUUGGUAUGUCUGAUCUCAGCUUUGAUAAUCCCUUCAUGGAAAUGGGAGCAUCAAAGUAUAACUCUUCAUCUGAAAUUUUAAGCACUUUCAUUUCCACCGGGGGUCUAGACCUGGAAAGUAAUGUUGACAUGUUGGGAACAAACAAGGAAUUGCCAUAUGUCCCUCUCAGAAGUCUCUGUGGCAGAUGUCAGCCCUCUCUGGAGUCAAUAAAGAAACGAAUUCCAUCUGUAACUGCAGCCUUGAGGGAACUUGACAAACUUUUGGUUAUCAGUAAGAGCCAAGCUUCGAAAAAUACAUCUCAGGGGUUAAUCUGCCAAUCAGAAAUGGUAGCCAAGAGCCCAGCAGGUACUAAGGAGCUUUGAGAAAAAUGGACCCAAAGUGACUAUCUUACACCUUUCCAGAAUGAACAGUGCCCACAAAUCUGUUCUCACCAGACUGCACCUGUAUCAGUAAGGACUGAAAUACUAACAGGCGAGUCCACAUGAAAACCUGCACACAGAUGUUAUAAUGUAAACACCCCCAGAUUGCAAAUAACCAACAUGUCCUUCAG